AUGACCAUAUCUUCAGCCUCCACCACCCGGAAGUGGCUGAUAGUGUCACAGAACAAACUAAUUCCUUCACAUGAGAAGGAAAAGACGUCGCUCUGGAUGUUAAGAAGUGUUCUCAGAACAUUUCAGGAUAAAUGGAAGUCGUAUCGACACAGAUUUGUGCCUUGGGUUGUGCUAAAUCUGUCUAAAAAUGAGAAAACUCUGCGGCGGGUGAAGGAGAGCUCGAAGGACAAACAGGUCCCCGAUGAGGAGGUUUCACAGACUCUACUGAAGCUCUUCAGAGUCCUCCUCGGGAGUCACCUGUCUGAACAUGCGGAGCUCAGAGCUGCUCAGACUCACUUUCUCAGGCGGGUAACAAAUGAAGAAAACUUAGAAGGAGGGUUCCCGACGAGUGGUGGUGAUGCCAUGUUACAGUGUCUGGGGUUCUGCAUUGAGCGGAAACCCAGCACUCUGCCCUCUGCAGGGACCGGGGUGUUUGUUACUAAAGGAUUUGUGCCCAAAGGAGCUACAGUUGCCAUGUAUCCUGGUACGGUUUAUCAAGUCUUCGAGCCAAUUCUCCUCCAGUCCAUCAGAAACCCUUUUGUAUUCCGGUGUAUUGAUGGUGUAUUGAUUGAUGGAAAUGACAAAGGCAUCUCCAAAGUGGUCUACAAGUCCUGCAGUGGAAGGGACAGAUUAGGACCUUUCACUUUGAGUGACACCAGCUGGCUGACAGCAAGUCCACAAAAUCCACUUGCUGUUGGUCAGUAUGUCAACAACUCCUCCAAUGAAUGGCCUGCUAACGUGUGCUACCAGGAGUAUGAUGUACCCGACUUAUUUCCCAUCGAGCUGCACCAGUUUCUCCCAAAUGUCAACUACAGCCAGGACUCACAGAGUACUGUACGCUGUGUGGUCCUAGUGUCACUCAGAGACAUUACAGCUGGGGAAGAACUGUUCUCAAACUACUACACUGUUGUGCAUUAGACUCCAAUACAACCAACUGAGCUGCUUCAAUGUUAACUGAAGAAAACACAAAUUACAAAGUAAAAUUCGAUUGUUGCUGAUCAAUCCAAUAAACGUUUUUUGUAAAUUGUAUCAAACAAUUAAAUUAAAAACAUGUCUGAAUGGUG